CUCCUCACUCCAGUCGAAGAGUAGCUCGGGAGGUUCGGCUUUACCCUCCUCUCUGUCUCUCUCUUUCUUUUCCUCCUUCCCCUAAAGCCAACAGCCCGAAUCAGCCCGAACCAGGCGACCCAACAACCACCCACCACCUCCGCCGACCUCCUUUUAGUUUUGUACCCAGCCUCGGGCUCCCCUUCCUCGGCUCCGGACCAUGGCUACCACCGCGACGUGCACCCGGUUCACGGAUGAAUACCAGCUGUACGAGGAGCUCGGAAAGGGAGCGUUCUCUGUGGUGCGGAGGUGUGUAAAGAAGUCAUCAGGACAAGAAUAUGCUGCAAAGAUUAUCAACACUAAGAAACUGUCUGCAAGAGACCAUCAGAAACUGGAGCGAGAAGCACGAAUCUGCCGUCUCCUGAAACAUCCCAAUAUCGUGAGGCUCCAUGACAGCAUUUCAGAGGAGGGCUUUCAUUACCUCGUCUUUGACCUGGUGACGGGCGGAGAGCUUUUUGAAGACAUAGUAGCCAGAGAGUACUACAGUGAAGCGGACGCAAGCCACUGCAUUAGUCAGAUCCUGGAGAGUGUCAAUCAUAUCCACCAGCAUGAUAUUGUGCACAGAGACCUCAAGCCUGAAAACCUGCUGCUAGCCAGUAAGAUGAAGGGAGCGGCGGUGAAGCUAGCAGACUUCGGCCUUGCUAUCGAGGUGCAAGGGGACCAGCAGGCGUGGUUUGGUUUUGCCGGGACGCCUGGGUAUCUUUCUCCUGAAGUUUUGCGGAAAGAUCCGUAUGGAAAACCUGUGGACAUUUGGGCUUGUGGCGUUAUUCUGUACAUCCUGUUGGUGGGAUACCCACCGUUCUGGGACGAGGAUCAGCACAAACUCUAUCAACAGAUCAAGGCCGGCGCGUACGACUUCCCAUCUCCGGAGUGGGACACGGUGACUCCAGAGGCAAAGAACCUCAUCAACCAGAUGUUGACCAUAAACCCGGCCAAGAGGAUCACCGCGGAGCAGGCUCUGAAGCACCCAUGGGUCUGCCACCGGUCCACAGUGGCGUCUAUGAUGCACAGACAGGAGACCGUCGAGUGUCUCCGCAAGUUCAACGCUCGCAGAAAACUCAAGGGAGCCAUCCUCACCACCAUGCUGGUGUCCAGAAACUUCUCAGUGGGCCGGCAGCAUACCAACUCUGCUGCUGCCGCCUCCUCCACCGCCUCACUGGCUCAGGAAGCAUGCAAAAGUUUACUCAACAAGAAGUCCGACUCUGCUAAGCCUUCUACCAACAACACUAAGAACAGUUUAGUGAGCGCCAUCAAUGCCCUGAAAGAUACCACCGCCAACGCCCAGAUGACUAACCAUUGCUCUUCAUCCCAGGAAUCGCAGAGCACAGUGGUACACAACCCUCCCGAUGGUGUCAAGGGUUCGACAGAAAGUAACGCCACCAACGACGAGGAGGAAAUGAAAGGUAGGAAAGCGGACAGCACGGCCCAGAGUCUUAGCAGUGCCACUGAGGAGAUGCCCCCUCUUCUGCCCUCACCUCAAAGCUCACCUGCCAUGCCACCGCAUGAUGUAAAGCGCAUGGCAUGGAACAGCACGGGCAACAGUUCGUGCCCAGACUCGGAGCACGCACAGUCGCCCAUGUCCAACACCGCUCCACUAGGGGGCAACGCAACUGCUGCCGCUGCUAAAUGCAACACUAAGCCGACUCGUAAACAGGAAAUCAUCAAAAUAACUGAGCAGCUGAUCGAGGCCAUCAACAACGGAGACUUCGAAGCUUACACGAGGAUUUGUGAUCCUGGACUCACCUCCUUCGAACCCGAGGCUCUGGGGAACCUGGUGGAGGGGAUGGACUUCCACAAAUUUUACUUUGAGAACUUGCUGAGUAAGAACAGUAAGCCCGUGCACACCACUUUGCUGAACCCUCAUGUGCACUUGAUUGGCGAGGACGCGGCGUGCAUCGCCUACAUCCGCCUCACGCAGUUUGUGGACUCCACCGGACGACCUCGCUCCAGCCAAUCAGAGGAGACGCGCGUCUGGCACCGCCGCGACGGGAAGUGGCUCAAUGUUCACUUCCACUGCUCGGGAGCGCCAGCUGCACCACUACAGUGAACAGUGGUCCCAGCCUCCUGUCUGGAGUGUGUGUUUUUGGGGGGCAGUUUUUUUCAGCGUGUUUCGGAGGUUCACGUCCUCUGCAACGGGAUUGGCUCCUGCCGUCCCCGUCCGUGACAAACCAACCAAUCCUGUUCCUCCUUUGACCUGCUGAGGCGGGCUGAACACAAGGCUCCGCCCCCAUUGGGUUGAUGAUGAUGAUGCAUGCGUCUGGCGCCUGAUUGGAGGAGGUGUCCCUUUGCCCCUCCCUCUGCCCCUCCCCCCCGGCAGCCAUCUUUUUUCCGCCCUACGCGAGAUGGGGGAAGAUGGGGGUGAGGAUUUAAAACAGUUGAACUUGUGACAGUUAAUGAGUUAUGACUAUACUGUGUAAAUUAUGACUAGAUGUACGAUUACACCACCAAAAAGUGAGCAUUUAUAUUCAAUAUCUACUUAAAAAGGGAGGAGAUGAGCGCGUUUUGUGCUGUUAGCCACGGCAACAAGAGAUUUGGGAAGCAUUUUGGCAUUUUAGGGAAGUUAGAACGAUAACGUGCAGGUUUUAUUUUGAUUUUUGUUUCUUUUUUUUACAUGAACGUAAUUUUAAGCUGUAGGGAGCCGUUUUUCCCAAUAAAAAGUCAAAUCAAGUAAGAAUUCAAGACAGAAACUUGAUAUCGACGCACCAAAGUGUAGAACUAGAGGCUUUUGUGUGUUCGUUCGAUCGCGUGCUUGUUUAUUGAUGAACGAACUGCUUGUCGUCAAGUUGGGGCGGGAAUUUUAGUUUUAUUUUAAUAUUUUUUUUCGUGUUGUGUUUUGGCGUCUGUUCCCUCUGCGUUCCUGUGAAUAAACGGAGCCUAUUUUUGUCUUUUUAUUUUAUUAUUAUUUUGACUGAUAUUAUAUAUAUAUAUAUAUAUUCGAGGCUCCCGUUUUAAAAAAGAGGGAAUUUAUUAUGUGCAAGUUUAAAAAAAAAUCUACAGUGUGUGUUUUGUCUUUGAUGCAGUGCAGAGGAGAGCUACGUCUGCGUUUUGCAUGUCCUCUCCUCCCAUUCAAACACCACCAUUCCCCCUCCCACCUCCAGGUUUUUACCCAUAAUGCUUUUGUCUCCUUUCUCUGGGCCUGGUUUGUUAAUACCACUGUGUAAAUACAGUGUAUGUAUAGAUAUAUGUAGAAAGGUGUAAUAUAAUGUACAUGUAUCCUACAGAGACUCCAUUCUGUGCAUUUGGGGCUAUGGGAACCACCCCACGACCUUAACAACGAGAAAUUUGGUUUUAAAAUGAAAGUUAAAAUGACCCAAAGUAAUAUUUUCUUUAAAAAAAUCAAGGGCUGGGGAGAUUUUACAUUUUCGAUUUGAGGUGGUGGCACUUUGACACAGCGUUAGCAGAGUUUCAGUGGGCCGUAGACGCAUUGAUCUGAUGGACAGUAAAGUAAGGCCAGAAGAUAAUUUUAUUAAAAAGAGGUUUUACCAUUUUAAUAUUUGAACAUAUUUUUGCAAAUUUUAGACUAUUUAAGAGUUUUAUUGGACAAUGAUGAGGAAAAAGGGUGAAAAAUUUAACUAAAUCUUUCUUACAUGAACAAGAAGUGACCAAAUUUCUCAAAUGAUAGAAUUUAUAAUUAAAAAUGCAAACAGAAUCCCUUUAUGGAAGUGCUGGAGGACAGAGGGUCUCAGCUGGGGUCUGCUGUGAUCCAAAAUGCUCUGGAUUUUUCACUUAAAUAAAAAAAAAGUUACUCUGUUGCCUUGAGUGAGAUAAUUAUACUUUUUAUGCCAGAUGCCCUUCCCUGUAUUCAAGUUAAGACUGUCACAAAUGGACCACUCACUUACUGGUUACUUCCUGUUACUGGAUUGAGACAAUAAUUUUAAUAAACCUACUACUACUACUACUACAACUAUUAUCACUAUUACUACAACUACUACUACUACUACUAUGACCUCCACUGCUACUACUUCGCUUACUAUUAGAACUAUUACUCCUCCUACUACUACUACUACAACUAUUAUUACUACUACAACAACCACCACUGCUACUCCUACUCCUACUAUUACCACUAUUACUCCUACUACAACUACUUCUACUACUACGUUCCAAGAAAAAUGUGUAAUCCAGACAAUAGAUCAGAGGAUAAUUAUAUAUGAAUCUUGCAUUAUUCAUAGUGAAAACAAUACUUUUUCAAUAUAUUUUGUACUUAAAUCAGAUGAAUUUUCCCCUCUUAAAUAUCGUCCAUUUUGGAUCGCAGUCCCUCCGGUUGAGAACCCGACUGUUUGACUGUUUUAAUGGUUUAAAGUCGAGCCCUGACAGACCGCUCCUCUUCCAUAGUGUCCUUACUCUCCACGAUGCUGUGAUCUUUCAUAUCGUCUGCACAUUUGGAACACUUUUGGCUACAAUAUAAUGGUGUAUUUUGGCUUUUUGUAACAUAUCCAUCCUUCUGUGCACUGUAAUUGUCCCCAUUCAGCCACCGUACCCCCUUCUAGCUCUUACGAUGUUAAUUUUGUGUUUUUUAUUUUAUUUUCGUCCUUGUCUUUGUAGUGUUUUCUGCCAAGCUGGAGUUCUGCACUCUCCCUCACUUUUGUUAAAAAAGGGAACAUAGAUUUCAGAUAUAUUAUAGAUGAUCAGGGCUACAAAUAUUUAUAAUGUAAUCUACCCAAUGGUGGUACUGUGCCUGCUCCAUUUGAAACAGAAGGGGAAGAAAACAUUUAAACGACUUGCACUGUUGACGGGUGGGCAAACCUAGUUAUAUGCAUGUUUGAGUUUAACAUUUUAUCUGAUACGGACGGAGCUAGUGUUAUUAUGUUUGCAUCACUGAAAAAAAAUUAUGCCUCCAUCCAGAAUGUGACAUGAAAAUACUGAAAAAAUCGCAAAAACGACAAAAAAAUAUAUAAUGGAACUACAAAAGGAGCCGAAAAAGCUUGGUUUGAGGCCCUCGAUGUUAGCGUUUUUCCCUGCGUUGUAAUGAUAAUAUAUUGGGCUGCGCUUUCCUCCUCCUCCCCUUCAGCUUCCUCCACGUGGACGCUGGAGUUUCCUUUCCUCCUCCUCCCCCCCUUCAGCUUCCUUUCCUCCUCCCCUCCAGCUUCCUAAGGUGGAGGCUGGAGUUUCCUUUCCCCCUUCCCCACCUUCAACUUCCUAACUUGGAUGUUGGAGUUUCCUUUCCUUCUCUUCCCCUCCAGCUUCCUAAGGUGGAGGCUAGAGUUUCCUUUCCUCCUCCUCCUCCCCCUCCCCUUCAGCUUCCUUUCCUCCUCCCCUUCAGCUCCCUUCACGUGGACGCUGGAGUUUUUUUGCAUGAUCAUAUUGUACAAAGAAAUACAAGAACCAUGAGUUGACGACUAUCAAGUGUUUGUCUGAGUGUUAGUUGGUCUUCAUCAUAGCUUUGUUAUUCUUCGAAAAACUUGGAUCUUGAAAGUAUUUAAUAAAAAUACUAUUUCAGCACUG